AAGGUAAAACUCCGACUAAUGGCUCAUAGUCGGAGUUUUUGAGCCAAUCAGAGAGCUAGAAAUGCAAUAGUCGGAGCUGAGAAUAUACUAAUAAAAGAUAUUUAUGGUUCUGAAUUCCACCUGUCUCGUCAAGUCGUUUAUAAGGCUAGAUUUUCCGCUCAAACUAAGCAUUUCAAGCACGCUGAGAGGAAUAAAAGACUCAAAAAAUGUCUUCAGGAACCAGAAAUAAUAUGUCACUAGAUUGCCAAAAAUAUCAGGAACCUCGAACAUCCACGAGUUGUAAAAAAAAUUGGCCGGCGACUGGAGAAAGCGGAAAUUUGCGGGACUGAAUAUUCAAGACAAUACCCGUAUAGUAGUUUCCCAAAGCAUUGUGGGAUUCAUUGGAGUUACCUUUGCUGACCAGCAGGAAACGAACACACAACAGUUCGGUGUUAGAAGAAGGCCAUUUGGGUAAGCGGAUAUUUACUAGGCGGUCUCAUAUUACCCAAACGCGCGGGAAAUGCCUUGAAUGCUUCGAUCGCCCUGGCCAGCUUGAAGUGAUGGGUGAUUUGUAUCACAAAGCGGCUCGCGAUAGUGUUCUUGAGCUUCUUAGAACAGCAACCAAGCGGGAUGCAAAUCGAAGAGAUGAAGAUGGAAUGUCACCAGUGCAUUACGCCGCGAGUUGUGGAAAUGUUGAGGCGCUUCGACUGCUGGUAGGAAAGGGAGGAGAGCCUGACAGGCCAAACCAAGAUGGUGCAACCGCAGUUCACUUAGCUGCUAGUUGUGGACAACUCAACUGCUUGAGCUUCCUCACUAACUUUGGUGCCAACAUCUGGGCUCUUGACAAUAAUGGACGAACUCCUCUGGAAGAAGCUGCACUCCAUGGACGCAUGGAAUGUGUGCGUCAUCUAGAUGGCCUCAUUUCCAUUUACACGAUGCGCAAUAAGGAAGAAGUAGACAGGCAUAGAAGACAGGCCAAGAAAGACAUGAUGAAAAGGAUAAAAAAGCAAGACAAAAGUAUUCAAUCUAGAGACAAUGCUUAUGAGAAGAAAGUUGCAAAGGAAACACUAAGGGCAAGGAGCAAAUCAGAAAAUGAUUAUAAUAGGAAAGAUUCGAGGAAUGGAAAUAGGAUGUCAUUUUCUCAUCGAAAAACUGAAAAACCAUUCUCAGAAUUAACCAGCACUAGUCAGUCUCCAAAAAUGUCUGACCAGAAAAGCAUGAAAUCUUACUCAUCAGAAACUUUUCAAUUUGGUUCUAAAAAUAAAAGAGUAAUGGGUGCGUUAAGAUCAAAAUUCAGUUCAAUGAGUAGCUCUGAUGAGGAGCCCAGAAUGGUCAGUCGAAAGUCACUAGAGGAAGCCGGCUUAGUCCACAGCAUGUCACAAAGUUCACCUUCUCUAUUGGAUCAGCUGGAGUCCAAAAUAGUUGAAAAUCAACAUCAGAGUUUAGCCUCUGAGUCUGUUGAUCCUCACGAAGUGGAAUACUCAGACUUGGCAUUUGGACAUGUGGUCAAAAAAUUUGAUGACAAAGGCAACGUCACAACACACGUUCAUUAUGUGCCAAAAAGUUCUGCCAAGAUGAAAAAUGGCAGUGUGGCAAGCCGAACUAGCCACAGUAGUCAACACACCAGCUUAAGUAGCCAAUUAAGCUCAUCAUUCAAUGACAUUGGCAGUUUGAAAUCUAUUGAUUUUGAGGAUGAUAUAUACUCUCAGUCAGACAUGGCAACAGAAAACACAGCCGGUAAAACACUGGUUACCUUUAUGGCUUCCCUCAAUUUGGAACAGUUUACCACAUUGUUGAUCAGAGAAAGCAUUGAUCUGAGUACUUUGGCAUUAUGUACUGACGACGACCUAAAAGACAUAGGCCUUCCUCUUGGCCCAAGAAGAAAAAUCCUGGAUGCCGUCAAGAAAAGAAAUGUGGUAAUAAAUCAUCCAGGACCAAUGACAGACUCUAAGAUAUAAUUACAUAAAAAUCUACGCAAUUUUUAUGGCCCCUUAUUGGUGUAGAAGACACAGAACAUGUCACAAUAGAGCACUGCCUCAUGCGAUCACAAAAUUAUCUAUUGUUUUCCUCAUUCUUUUGAUCUUUCGUUCUGUAUUGUGUUACAUUAACUGUGUCAUCUACACUAAGUAAGAGCUGUUUUUAUCCAGUUCUCAGCACACAUAUUGGUUAUGGCUGCGGGGAGCCUUCAAGUUGUUGAAAAACGGUUACCAGACUUUCUUUCCUGGUUUGGUUAAAAUUUUGAAGACAACAAAAAGGACCAAAGAUUUGGCCUAAGGUGGUAAUUAUGCUUAGACCAGCCCUUCAGUUCUGAAUGCUUACAGGCAACAUGGACACAAAUUGAUAAUAAUAAAUACUGGCUUACAGCUAUUAAAUUUCAAUGCCUGUAUACUUAAAAAAAAAGUUGAGAGAAAUAAAUGAAUAACAUGAAGCCAGAAUUGUCAGAAGUGGCCAGCUGGCAAACUGUGCUAAACUUUGGGAAAAUUCAAACUACAGAAGUCUUGAAGGAGAUCAAUUUAAUUUAUCAUUAAUUAAUCGUUUCUAGUGAGAAAAUUCUAUAGGGGACUGGUGAAAAUCACUGCAUGGUUAUAACAUUAUAGUGACAUAAAUGUAUUGCUCAAAGAGCAAGCUGAGAAACUGGGGAUCGUUUCAUUUGGAUUGCCCAAGUUUGUGUAAGAACUCUCAAUCAUUAAGACUGCUGACAGUGCUGUAGCCAGAGAAAAAUUGUUUGAGGCAAAGUCCAUGGUUUAAUUCUCUUCCUAGGUACUUAGCAGUGUUUUAAUUUCUUCCCUCAAAAAGAAAACCAACAAUAUAAAAAAAUGACCAUGGCAAGUGUCUCGGUUUGACUCAUACUGGCUACAGCCCUGGCUGUAACACACAAGAUCAGAUUGCCAUGCGUAUUAUUUUUGCUGCGAAUCGCAGCAUGUGCUCACAGGAUAUGCGUAACAGGCUAUAUCUGCUAUCCUUAGAUAGACGGCGGUGUUUGAAGCUACAAUUAGCGUUUAAGAUCGUACACAAUGUUCACUGUCCGCACCAGUUAGAGGAAUAUCUUGUUAAGAGGUCUGAUCUGCAUGGAAGAAUACUUGAAGACUCAACACUGAAACGUCACACCAACUAAAACGAAAAUGGGUCAGUCCUACUUUCAAGUGUGACGCUGCACGAGAAUGGAACAGAUUACCAAGAGAGAUCAGAGAAUUAAACUCUUUCUAAGUUUAAAACACAUAUUUUUAAGCAUUUUAUGGAUCAAGACCGUAUCAAUCAUG